AGUAUUUGAAUGGAAAGAGGGGAAAGCAAAAUAGCUCAUCUUCACAUCCGCCGGCAAUCGUCUAGAAAAUGGACUCUCACAUAGAGGAGGUCCUGUGGACCCAGGACCAGAUUUCGGCCCGGGUGUCCGAGCUCGCCGCCGAGAUCACCUCCGACUUCAGAGCAGCCGCCGCCGCCGCCGCCUCGCCUCCGGUCUUCGUCGCCGUCGCCACCGGCGCCUUCCUCUUCGUGGCCGACCUGGUGAGGAAGGUGGAGCUGCCCCUGGUCGUCGAUUUCGUCCGCUCCGAUUCCUACGGCUCCGGCACGGAGUCCAGCGGGGCUCCUGCCGUGUCCCUUGACUUGAAGGUGGACGUUCAAGGCAGGCACGUCGUCUUGGUUGAGGACAUUGUUGAUACGGGGAACACCUUGUCCUGUCUUAUUGGCCACUUAAAGUCGAAAGGAGCAUCAUCUAUUUCAGUUUGUGCUUUUCUUGAUAAACCAGUGAGGCGAAAGGUUCAUUUUCAGUUGGUGGGUGAUGGAAAAUUCUAUCGUGGAUUUGAGUGUCCGGAUUAUUUUGUGGUGGGAUACGGAAUGGAUUAUGCCGAGCUAUACAGGAGCUUGCCCUACAUCGGUGUCUUGAAGCCAGAGUACUACACAUGAUCUGACUGAUGUCAUCCUCAAAUUGGUUAACUGGAUUCAGGUACCAAGGUAUACUAUUUCGGUGAGCAAAACACUUAUUCAAUAUGGUUCAUGAUGGUUGACCCUUACCGUGAUAAACUGAACCAUUUUUAUUGUUAAGACAGAAAUUAUACUGUUCACAUGUUAAGAUUGCAGACAUGGCAAGGAGUUGCCACGCAAAGAACUAAUAAAAGAGUUUCCCUUACUGAAAAUUUAUGUUAGUUUCACUUUGUUCCCCCCUAAUAUAAUUUGGGUCGAUUUGUCCA